CUUGAGGUUACCAAACCCUCUAGUUUGUUUGAACCUUGUAUUUUGAUUAGUUCUGGGUUAAUUGUUGUGGUUCAUACUUGUGAUUAUAGGAAUUAUAAAUAUAUUUAAUUUAUUCUUAUGUUGAGAUAAUAAUUGUGUGUGACUAUCAAGAAUUGAUUUGUUAUAAGUGUAUAUGGCUCUAAUUUAAAUGUGUUUAUAUUAGAUUGUACUAGUGACAGUAACCAUAGUGGUGUAAAACAAGUCAAUUAAAGCAGUUUAAUUUUUAAAUGAAACUUUCAAUAAAUCUGUAAAGCAUCAUAAAGUUUGUAUAAGAUGGAAUCAACAGCUCAGGAUAUCUCGCAUUUGUCAAGUGUUCAGAUUAAGACAGAACCUGAUUCUGUCGAAACUCCUGACAGAACCACAUUACUUGCUGUUCUCCAAGUCCUACGGAAAUAUAAUCUCAAAGAAACAGAGGAACAGUUAAAAAAAGAAGCUAAAGUUUCUGAUGUCCCUACAACACAAGGGUCUGACUCAGAAGUAAGUAGUGUCCUAUCAACUUACAAGUCUGAAGGAAAUCCUGAUUUAUAUGAAGAUGCAUAUAUGGACUUGAAAAAAUUUGUUGAUUCUUCCUUGGAUGCUUUUAAGCAUGAACUUGGAAUGAUACUCUAUCCAGUGUUUGUACAUAUGUAUCUUGAAUUGGUUUAUAAUGGCCAUGAAGCUCAAGCCAUUAAAUUGAUGGAAAGAUUUGGAAAAGAUCAGGAACAUUAUUAUAAAGAAGAUUUGCAGCGGCUAUCCAUGGUUACCAAAAGAGAUCAAAUGAAUGGAAAUGAGAUAACUGAUACUUUUAGGUCGAAUGAGUUUAUAAUAAGAAUGGCGAGAGACACUCUAGCUACAUUAAAAAGGCACUUACAAGAGAAAAAACAAAGCAUUAUUUUAAAUAUUAUUCAAGAACAUCUAUAUUUUGACAUGUACGAAGGUGUAGCUCGAACAAAAUCUCAAAUUGAUUCAGUUGCUGGUUCAGUGAUUGGCGAAGCUACAAGACAAGAUAAUAAAGCCAAAGUAUAUUAUGGCCUUCCAAGAGAGCCUGAUUACCAAUACGCAGCCGUUGAAGAUGAUGAGGAUACAGAAGCUGAUGGGGGUGAUAAACCUAAGAAGAAGAAACCAAAAAAAGAAUCUUUUUUCAAUAAGAAAUUAAAAACUGAUCCUAAUGCUCCACCCAUGGAUCGAAUUCCAUUUCCUGAACUGAAGGAUAAUGAUAAAACUGAGAAGAUCAAAGCCUUGAGAGAAUCUUCAAAAAGAGUUAACUUAGGAGUUGAUAGUUUACCAUCCAUUUGUUGUUAUACACUGCUUAACUCAGCUCAAAGUGUUAUUUGUGCUGAAAUAUCAGAUGAUUCAACUAUUUUAGCUGUCGGCUUUUCUAAUUCUCAUGUAAGGGUUUGGAGUCUUCUGACCCAAAAGCUCAAAGCUAUGAAGUCAGCUGACCAGUUACAAGAUAUUGACCAUGAAGCAGAGGAUGUUUGGGCUAGAAUAAUGGAUGAGAGAAAUGCUGAAUCUUCCCGAUUACUUUAUGGCCAUUCUGGUCCUGUUUACAACGUAUCUUUCAGUCCUGAUAAAACACUCUUAUUAUCAUGCUCAGAAGAUUCUACAGUUAGGCUGUGGAGCCUUCUAACAUGGACAUGCUUGGUUGCCUAUAAAGGUCAUGUUUUCCCUGUAUGGGAUGUCAAAUUUUCUCCUCAAGGUUAUUAUUUUGUCACUGCAAGUCAUGAUAAAACUGCAAGACUAUGGGCUACAGACCAUCAUCAGCCACUCAGGAUAUUCUCUGGACAUUUUGCAGAUGUAGAUAAAGUCCAGUUUCAUCCAAAUUCUAACUAUGUUGCCACUGGCUCUAGUGAUAGAACUAUAAGGCUCUGGGAUUGUAUUACUGGCAAUCAUGUUAGAGUAAUGACUGGUCAUAAGGCUGCCAUACAAGCCCUCAGUUUUUCUACAGAAGGAAGAUUUUUAGCUUCAGCUGGUGCAGAUAAUAGACUGCUGUUGUGGGAUUUAGCACAUGGACAUUUGCUUGCUGAAUUAGCAUCUCAUUCGUCCCCUACUCAUUGUUUAGCAUUCAGCAGAGAUGGCACUAUAUUAGCCUCCGGGUCUUUGGAUUGCACUGUGAAACUAUGGGAUUUCUCAAAAUUGGCAGAAGAUGUGUCUAUUGAAGAUGUUAAUGUAACCCACAAUCCUGAAAUAAGAAGUAAUACAGAAUCAUAUAUUUUAAGAACAUAUGCUACUAAAUCUUCACCUUUGAUUUCAUUGCAAUUUUCAAGAAGAAAUGUUCUUUUGGCUGUUGCUAUGUUUGAUACAAACAUGUAAAUUUUAGCUCAACCAUUUUUCUAUUUAUUGCAUUUUAAAUAUAGUUGUAUAUAAUUAUAUAAUCACCCUCAGUCCAUUUUUAAGUAUUGAUUUCAUUUGUUACCAUUUAAUGUUUAGAAGAUUAUAUUUUAUAAAAAUCAUAAUUAUUUUGUUAUAAUUCUGUGCGUUAUUUAAUUUUUUCUUGUUUUUUUUUUUUUAUAAAUAUGUUUGUAAAUAAAAAUAAAUUUGGUGUAUAUAUGUAUGAUACAGAUGUGUAUAUAUAGUGUUUAACUUGGAAAUGUAAGAUUACUACUUAUAUUUCUGUACAGCCAAUAAUGUUUGGUUUGACUGUUGGGGGAAGGAAAUAUUUUUUUUAUUUUUAAGCAGUUAAAUCUUAUAUAAUUUAACAAAUAGCAAAUAUUUAAAAACCAUAUUAUCACCAAUCCACUAAUAUGAGAGUUUUCAUAGGUUCUGUUUAAACAUCGAUUAUUAAUAAUUAUAUUAGGUAUACAUUUUUUUUCUAUUUUAAUAUUACACUUUUAUUGUAAUGUGUUAAAAUAAUGACUUAAUUUUAUUUUUAAUGUUCAUCAUAAAUAGUUGAAUACGUUUAAUUCAUUGUGUAAAAAUAAAAUAUUCAACACUAAGAAACUUCUAAGCGUUUGUUAUUAUUUGUCUCAAAAACUAAAAUUAUCUUCUGAAAACGUGCAGUAAAGACUAAAUUUAAGUUAUGUCUUACAUAAUGGCAUGAUGAGCUUUAUCAAUAGUACAGCAGUUGUGUUAUAAUGUUUGAAUAAUCCUAGUUAUUUUAUUUUUAGAAAAAUCAAAUAUUUUUUCUAUUGCUAGUAAGUUGGGUGGUUUUGUCAUAAAAUUAAACUUGGAUAAGUGUAAAUUUAUUUUUUAAUAUGUCCUCACCGUUCAGCCUAAGUUAUGGUGUUUUAUUAGGGUGAUUUUCCUCAAUUCCAAC